AUGACAUUAAUGAAUCCUUCGGCCCCUUCAAUGAUAGCACUCCCAAAAAUACACAAGCCAGGAAAUCCGAUGAGACCAAUUAUCAACCAUAAAUCUGCACCAGGAUACAAACUAUCGAAAUAUCUAAAAUCGUUUCUGAAAGAAAAACUGGAACUGCCCAAUAAAUACACGAAUACGAAUACAGGGGAGUUAAUUGAAAGGAUGAAAUCGCUAGAAAUACCCAAAGAUGCGAAAUUUGUAUCAUUUGAUGUUAAGGAUCUUUACCCAUCGAUACCAACGGCAGAAACAGUUACCAUCUUGACUAAAACUGUGACAGAAAAAACAGACAAGAACGUAGCAACGGAAAUCGUGAACACAUUGAGGGUAACACUAGACCAAAACUACUUCAAGUUUAAUAACAAAAUAUAUAGAGAAACUAACGGGCUAGGGAUGGGUAAUCCCACAUCUGCAAUUUUAAUGGAAGUAUUCCAUGCAACAUUUAGAGGAAAAGUAUAUGACGGACUGACAACAAGCCUGGGAGUAAUGUUCUACGCAAGAUACGUCGAUUACAUCCAGGGGCGCACCCAG